AUGAACCAGGAUCAAGAAGUUCCCGCUCCUUUCAGUGAAAUCAGCAGACUUGGUUGUUUGUUCGGCACCCCAUUCAGUACGUCUUGCUAUCAGCAACAUCAGGAGCAUUACAAGACUACACCUCCCACUGCGUCAUUCCCAACGGACUGGAGAGAGCCAUGGCAUCAAGAAGGUAACAGCUGUGAAACGGAUGAUAGCGAACAAUAUGUACCAGAUUCAGAUUUCCAGAGUCAGUCAAAUAAUGAUUUAAAAUCUGAAACGAAUAUGUCAGAAGUUCUACAAACAAUAAGUAAGUCAUCCGUGUACCCAUCAACAUAUCCAUCAAGUGACCAUUUUGAAGGAAUCUACUCCAGUUCUUAUCAACACGCUGGUUGCUUUUAUUCACCUCCCUUGUACAACAGAACAACACCACCCCCAAUACGGUCAAUAGAAGGAUCUCUACCGUCAUCUAAUGUACCGAGUGUUCCACCACAUCAUGCACUAGGAAACCAUUUACCAAUAAAACAGGAACCAGGUGAUAGGGAAUACGAAGGUAAUCUCAGGGUACAAUAUGAAAGAAAUAAACUAUCCCCAAAUUCAAAACCACACUGGAGGCACACAUCUGUAGGAUUAAUCAAUAGCAAUUCAUCGGAAAAAAUAGAUGAUAAAUCUAGAGAAACCACAGACAGCAGAACAAAUAACAUUCAGAAUUCGGGGCGAAGGGGUUCUCUGCAAUUAUGGCAGUUCUUAGUGGCAUUGCUAGAUGCACCAGAUGCCAGCGCCGGAUGCAUAGCCUGGACUGGAAGAGGAAUGGAAUUCAAAUUAAUUGAACCAGAAGAGGUUGCCCGAAGAUGGGGUGCACAAAAAAAUCGACCAGCGAUGAAUUAUGACAAGCUAAGUCGUUCCUUGAGAUACUAUUAUGAAAAAGGAAUUAUGCAAAAAGUUGCAGGGGAAAGAUACGUCUAUAAAUUUGUUUGUGAUCCCGAAGCGCUCUUUAAUAUGGCGUAUGGAAACCAUAACGAUAACUCAGUCAAAUCCCAGCUAGGAAAUAGACCGGAAAACUUAAGUACAAAAACUGAAUCACAUCAUCUAGCUUAUACGGACAUGCUCAAUUUCUACAACUGCGGAAUCGCCCAUUCGUACCAACAUCUACAUCCUUACCUGCAAGACUCCAAACAUACACGUUUUGCAUAA